AUGUCAUUUAAGUUAGAGCUAAACUCUGAUUGGCUGUACGUCUACAAGGGAGACAAAGACGACCCCAUCUUGAUAGGAUCAUACACCGGAAGAGACAUUCCUGCAGACCUGGACACCACGUCCCACGUGGUCCAGCUAGUCCUUCAAACGGACUGUCAAUACAUUGAUGAGGGUUUCAAAAUCUACUUUCAUGAUCAAGGUAUCUGUGGUGGUCAUAUUACCGGGCAAUCGUCUGGGUACAUCUAUUCCCCAAACUAUCCGGGACAGUACCACAACAACUUGAUCUGUACGUGGACUAUAGAGGUCAACAGUCAGAAAGGGGUGAAGAUGACACCGGUAUCGUUUAGUUUGGAGGAGAACUUUGACUGGCUAUACUUCUACAAGGGAGAAUUAGAAGAUUACACCUUUAUAGGAGCGUACAGCGGUAGGUUUGUCCCGGUCUCAGCAUCAAAUUCGUAUGUAAUUUGGUAAAACUAUCAACUUGAAAGUUCAUCUGUUUUGGUAAAGGACGUUCUGAACUAGAGUUCCUUACCUUCGCUAAAUGAUUUUACCUUUUAAACUGGUGUAUUGUUUGUCAUCAAUUAUGCAAAUAUGUUCCUCAUCUGCAUAAAUUAUAUCAAUUGGUCAUCUCCUCCAACCAAACAACUGAUGUGCACAAUCAAUGUUUAGAAAGAAGGCUUUAAUCGCAUUUUCUGAUACUUUAUGCUAAUGAGGUCCUAAUUUGCGCAAUGUGACAGGGGUAUUACCAUGUCAAAGAAUUCGGUUACUCAGAGAUGUUCCAGAAGGUUGAAGUGAUUAUCGGGCACCGGGUCAAAGGUUAAUGGAGGUUG